AUGACUGAAACCGGAGGCGCAGAUAAUUCGAAUCUUAGUCUGCGGUACACUAAUGAUAGCAUAAUGGCAGCCUUGACAACGACAACCGGCAUAAGGGAAUUUCGGCCGGGAGUAGACAGUUGGCGCAAUUGGAAGGAAUUACUGGAUUCCCAUUUUAUUGAAACUGCCUGCGAAGACGAUAAGAUUAAAUCGUCGGUGUUACUGAAGGCAGUGGGCUUAGAAGCAUAUGGUCUAUUGCGAGAUUUAUGCGAUCCAGUGUUACCAGCCACGAAGGAAUAUAGUAGCUUAUGCAGUCUAUUGGAGCGUCAUUAUUCGCAGCCAACUAUAGUCUUUCGCGAAAGGCAAACGUUUUUCGACGCUAAGAAAGCAGCGGGCGAAAAUGUAGCUGCCUGGUUUGCGCGCGUUAAGAAGCUGGCAAAAGAUUGCAAGUUUGGAGGUCAGCUAAACGCAUUUGUUCUUAACAAAUUUGUAAACGGUUUCGAGGGCAAAAUUUUUGAAAAGUUGUGCGAGGAGGAAGAGAACCUAACCUUAGAGCAAGCUUUGCGGAAAGCUAUGGUGGCAGAAACCAAAAUGCACGUGCAGCGCAACGAGAGUGAAGUAAAUUUCGUAUCGCGGCGAAACCAAAAGAGCUUCAACAAGAGCAAUGCGAACAUGGCCGCAGUACCCGAAAACCGCAACAACAAUCAAAAGAAGGCGAAGAAGAAAUGCAGCCAUUGCGGUUGGAAGUCGCACACAAGCGAGAAGUGCAAAUUUAAGAACAGCACGUGUCAUAAGUGCGGCAGCGUGGGGCAUUUGGCGAGUAUCUGCAGUAAAAGACAUGUAAAUUUAGUGGAAGUAUCAAAACUUAAUGAAGAUAACAUUUGCAUUAGAGAGACAAACAGUUUUAAAUUUGUUUCUGACCUGUCUAUUUACAGCAUUGCUAAAGGACAGGCGUCUUCUCCAUUCACACUCGCUGUAGAAGUCGACAACGUGCCGCUUAGUUUCGUGUUAGAUACUGGUGCAGCCUGCUCGCUGAUACCGAAAGUUAUUUACGACAAGUACUUUCACCAAAACGAGUUAAAAGCGUGUAGCGAAAACCUCAGCGCGUACAAUGGCAGCCAAAUCGAUGUAGCGGGUGAGUUUAUGGCAAUGGUUAAGACGCGGGAUCAGUCGCAUGUCUUGCGUCUGGUGGUCAGCAACUCGUGUGGCCCACCCAUUUUAGGGCGGGAUUUUAUGAAAAUAUGCGGCUUGGGGCUUUCGCAAAUCAAUUCCCUUUUAGAACACCAAGACAUAGUCGAGCAUAUUAAAACUAAGUAUAGUGAAGUUUUUGAAGAAGGAUUGGGCGCGUAUACUGUAAACAAGGUAAAGUUGAGUCUUGUGGAGGAAGUGAAGCCAAUUUUUUGCAAACCGCGCCCCGUUCCACAAGCUUGGCGAGAUAAAAUUGAAAAGCAAAUUACUGACUUAGUCAACAAGGGAGUCUUAGUGCAGGUCGAUAACUCGGAUUGGGGCACACCCUUGGUUCCAGUUGUCAAACCAAACGGUGAUUUGCGCAUUUGUGGCGAUUAUAAAUCGACCAUCAAUAAAUAUUUAAGCGACGUGAGGUACCCAUUGCCGCGCAUUGACGAGUUGUUUGCGUCUAUGCAAGGUCAAUUGUUUUCGAAGCUAGAUCUCUCCAACGCGUAUAACCAGCUGGUGCUGGAUGAAGCAUCGCAAAUGCUAUGCGCGUGGAGUACUCACGUUGGUAUUUUUAAGAUGACCAGAUUGCCUUUUGGCGUGAAACCAGCCGCAGCCAUAUUUCAAAAAACUAUUGAGAACAUAUUGAGAGGUAUUCCAAAUGUCGUGAACUAUUUAGACGAUAUCGUUAUUACCGGUUCCGAUUUUAGCGAUCACGUCAAAACUAUAGAAACGGUUCUAACCAAGCUACGAGCAGUUGGACUGCGUUUAAACGCAAAUCGCAAUGGUCUCACCAAAAAUAAAGAUCGGGUCAAGUCUGUGGUAGAUGCACCGGUGCCACAGAACGUAUCCGAGAACCCUGGACAACCGAGAGCUACGCCCAACACUCAGGAAACUCCGUUACAAAUGGCGCCCGAGCUGGGACUCUAA